AUGUUGUGUCAAUUACAAGUUUUACGUUUAUUGUUAGUGACCAUGGAGUUUCCUCCUCGAAAAAAUAAAAGCAAGACUUUUUGUUGUGUUUAUGGAUGUAACAGCAAGUCUUGGAGGGAUAAUACAAUUCGAUUUUAUAGUUUUCCAGCUGCUAACAGUAAUUUAGUGAAAAUAAUAAAUAAAUUCGGCGAGGAUCAAAUAAUAGAUCGUCGAUUGGCCUGGAUAAAAGCGUUGAAAAUUGGAAAUGAGGUUACCCAAUAUAAAAGUGUAUGUUCAUUACACUUUACAAAAACUAACGUUAAUCAAUUACGUUUCCAUUUAAAAAAAAAUAGUGUUCCUUCAUGCAAUCUUCCUGAAACAUCACUAUCAACAUUCAACCAACCAAAUUUGGUUCAAAUUGACGACAGAGAUGAAAGACGUCGUAAAAGAUCAUUAAAAAAAAAGUCUUUUCUAAAUGAGGAUACAUCUGAGAUAAACUCUGUACUUAGUGAUGACAAAACCGGAGAUACCGGGGAUUCAUCUUGUCAAAGUCAACUUUGCGUCGAAUCAGCUACUGAAGACUUAUCUUUUGUUCAAAUAUCUGCUGUAGACGAAGAAAAGCAAGAACAAAAUUAUCCUUCUACGAUGAAAAUAUUUAAAGAUAUUGGCAUUCAAGUUGAAAGUGACUAUUUAACUCCGAAAUUUUCAACUUGCAUCAAGAGUGAUCAACAGCUCAGUACAUUAACCGGGUUAUCAAGCUUUGCUAUUUUAAAUACCAUAGAACAGUUAGUCAUAAAAGUACAAUCAAUGCGAGGUACAUCCAAUUCCUCAAUUAAGUUUGACUUGCGUGAGUUGCUUAUCAUGACUUUCAUGAAAUUAAAGCAGAAUAUGAGUUAUUCUACUUUAGCCAUUUUUUUCAACUUUUCAAAAAAUGGCUGUAAAAGUCAAAUUUGGAAAAUGAUUGAUAUUUUGUAUCUUGCUUUGAAGCCAAGCAUUCAUUGGCCAAGCAAAGAAAAUAUAUUAAAAAAUAUUCCCUUGUGCUUUAAAAAUUUUGAAGGCGUCCGAGUAGUUGUUGAUUGUACGGAAAUAAAGAUUCAAAAACCGUCGAAGUUAUGCUGUCAAUUGCAAACUUAUUCGUAUUACAAAUCUACUUAUACCGUCAAAUUCUUGACCGGUGUAACACCUGCUGGAACAAUUUUUUUUGUAAGCCGUGCUUAUGGUGGACGUGCAUCAGAUAACACAAUAUUUGAACAAAGUAAUAUUAUUAAUAUGAUGGAUAAAAAAGAUAUCGUAUUGGCAGAUAAAGGAUUCACCAUGCACGACUUCUGUAAGAAAUAUGAUGUUACAUUAUGUACACCAGAUAAACAACAAUUUUCCAAAUCAGAAGCGAAUAUGAAUCGUUACGUUGCAAAAGUUCGUGUCCAUGUUGAAAGAAGUAAUCAACGAAUAAAAACCUUUGAUGUUCUUGGUUCAACUAUGCCUGUAUGUCUAUUAAGUAAAGUUGAAGAAAUUUUCACAAUUAUUUGUGGUGUAGUGAAUUUGAGUGCAUCAAUUUUGAAAAAAAAUAAAUUUCAUAGCGAAAAUAUUUAA